CCAUUUCUCAGCUCCUGUGCUUUCGCCAGACCUACCUAGAAGGCGACAGACGUUAGCGGCAGCCCGACAACUAAUAUUACAAUUGCACAAGGAUUUAUCUGUGUUAAAAUGUUUAAAAGAAAGCUUACUGCACUGGAUUACCACAACCCCUCUGGCUUUGACUGUAAAGAUGAAACGGAAUUCAGGAAUUUCAUAGUGUGGCUAGAAGAUCAAAAGAUAAGGCAUUAUAAGAUUGAAGACCGAGGUAACCUGCGCAACAUCCCUAGCUCUGAGUGGCCCAAAGCCUUUGAAAAGUAUCUUCAAGAUGUGAGUUGUCCAUUUAGUGUCCAGGAGAGACCGGAGUGUGUGGACUGGUUGCUUGGCCUUGGUGUCCGACUGGAGUAUGGUGAUAAUGUGGAGAAGUACAGGAACUGCCCCCCUCUUGCAGCAACCAAUAACACCCAGAAGCCCAUAGAUCCGCUUAUCAACUUGGACAUCAACAACCCUGACUUCAAAGCUGGUGUCACUGCCCUGUCCAAUCUCCUUCAGAUCCAGCGUCAUGACGACUAUUUAGUGAUGCUGAAGGCUAUAAGGAUUCUCAUUCAAGAGCGACUGACUCCUGAGUGCAUCGCGAAAGCAAACCAGUCAAAAGAGGGCUUACCUGUUGCACUGGAUAAGCAUAUCCUUGGCUUUGACACAGGGGAUGCCUCCCUGAACGAAGCAGCUCAGAUCCUGCGCCUGCUGCACAUCGAGGAGCUGCGUGAGCUGCAGACGCGGAUCAACGAGGCCAUCGUGGCUGUGCAGGCCAUCAUCGCAGACCCCAAAACAGACCACCGCCUGGGGAAGGUUGGCAGAUGACCAGCCUCUUGGAUCCACAUCCUUCUCUCCCCCUUCAACACCCCCACAUGCUCAAAGAAGAGUUUAGGAGACUACGGACAG